AUGCCGGGGGUGCCCCUCGCCCCGCUGCUGCUGCUGCUCCUGCUGAACCCCCCACCGCCCCCUGCCCGGGCAGCGCCCCCCGCCCGCACCACCCCCCGCCCCCGCGGGCUACCGACCCCCCCCGCCCAGCCCACGAGGGUGGGCACGGCGGCAGGACCCCCCAAAGACGGCGGAGGGUCCCCCCCGAGGGGCACCACGGCCGCCCCCUCAAGAGGCUCCGGGACCCAAUCCCCCAAAGGCGGCGGGGGGUCCCCCCCAAAGGGCACUGCGGCGGGACCCCCCAAAGGCGGAGGGGUGUUCCCCCAGAGGGGCACCACGGCCGCCCCCCCGAGGGCCAUCACGUCGGGACCCCCCAAAAGCAGCGGAGUGUCCCCUGCAAGAGGCACCACGACGGGCCCCCCCAAGGGCAGCGGGGGGUCCCCCCCGACGGGCACCCCGGUAACCCCCUCGCGGGGCAGCGGGACGGCCCCCAGCCCCGGCCCCUCCCGGCGCGGGGGGCUGCGGGAGGGGGACCCCGCGGCCACAGCCCCGGCCCCAAAGGUGGCGAUGAGGAAGAAGAAGGUGGUGAGGAAGGUGGUGGUGAGGAAGAAGGUGGUGAGGAAGAAGAGGCCGAAGGCUCCGGCCGCCCCACAGGAGCCCCCGUGCCCCCCACUAGGGCUGGAAUCGCUGCGGGUGGAGGACACGCAGCUCCACGCGUCCAGCCACAAGCGGCCCGGGCUGGGCGCCCACCGGGGCCGGCUCAACAUCCAGUCGGGGCUGUACGACGGGGACCCGUUCGACGGCGGGUGGUGCGCGGGGCGGGAGGACGCGGCGCAGUGGCUGCGGGUGGACGCGCGGCGCCUCACCCGCUUCACCGGAGUGGUCACGCAGGGCCUCAACUCCAUCUGGACGUACGACUGGGUGACGUCCUACAAGGUGCAGGUCAGCAACGACUCCCACGCGUGGGUGCCGAGCAGGAACGGCUCUGAGGAGGCGGUGUUCCCCGGGAACAAGGACCCCGAGACGCCGGUGCUGAACCUGCUGCCCACGCCCCUGGUGGGGCGGUUCCUGCGCAUCAACCCGCAGAGCUGGUUCCCCAACGGCACCAUCUGCCUGCGGGCGGAGGUGCUGGGCUGCCCCCUGCCCGACCCCAGCGAUGCCUACGCCUGGCACAGCCAGGCCCCGCCCGCCUCCGACCUGGAUUUCCGCCACCACAACUACAAGGAGAUGAGAAAGCUGAUGAAGCGGGUGAGCGAGGAGUGCCCCGACAUCACCCGCGUGUACAGCAUCGGGCACAGCUCCCGCGGCCGCCGCCUCUACGUCAUGGAGAUCUCCGACCACCCCGGGCAGCACGAGCUCGGGGAGCCGGAGUUCCGCUACGUGGCCGGGAUGCACGGGAACGAGGUGCUGGGCCGGGAGCUGCUGCUCAACCUCAUGGAAUACCUGUGCCGGGAAUUCCGGAGGGGCAACCCCCGCGUGGUGCAGCUGGUCACGGACACCCGGAUCCACCUGCUGCCCUCCAUGAACCCCGACGGAUACGAGACCGCCUACGAGCUGGGCUCGGAGCUGGCGGGCUGGGCCAUGGGCCGCUGGACCUACGAGGGCAUCGACCUCAACCACAACUUCGCCGACCUGAACACGGCGCUGUGGGACGCCGAGGACAACGACCUGGUGCCCCACGAGUUCCCCAACCACUACAUCCCCAUCCCCGAGUACUACACCCUGGCCAACGCCACGGUGAGCCCCCUCGAGCCCCCACCGUCCCACGCUGAUGCCGUGAUGCCGCUCCCCACCAAUCCCCCCCCCGUGACCCCACCACCUUUCCGGGAUCGGUUUAUCAUCAUCCCCCCCCGCCCCCGGCAGCGCCGGCACUUCCCACCCGCGCCUGCGCUCCCCGCGCCGACGGAGCCUCCGUGGGCCUGGGAACGGGCUGAACUGGGGGGAACCCCCGCGUGCUGCCACCAGAGACCCCCCAAACGUGAGAGAGAGCCGCCCCCAAGCCGCCGGAGCCGCCCCCGGGCGCUGCAGGGCGAUGGGCUGAGCGGACCCGGCCACUUCCUCGGCGGCAGCGGCCGGCACAGGCCAGUGCGGGGGCUGCGGGAGACACAGACCCCCCCCGAGACCCCCCGGGCCGUGCUGGGGAGGUGA